GUAUAAGCGACAAACUAUUUUCUUAUUGUAACAAGAACAUGGAAGACAUAAGUUAUCUGUGUAAUCCUAUGGUAGAACCAUUUGUUUAUGAAACUAUAAGAGACAAGUUGGAAAGAUACUCCAAGGAAACACCAGAUAAAGAAGCCAUCGUAUUUUAUACACCUGAAUUUGAGAGACAAUCUUUGACUUUUGGAAAUCUAUAUAGAAAAUCAUGGGAAUGUGCUCAAGGUCUGAUCAAGUUAGGAAUACAACCAGGUGACGUUGUUGGUCUAGGUUUACCGAACAUUCCAGAAUGGAUUUUCUGUCAUUUUGGAAUUGCUCUUGCUGGAGCAAUCACUCUUGGCUUUUCGUAUUUGUCAGGACAAAACAUUGUUCAAGCCCUAAAUCAGAGUAAGAAAUGCACGGCUAUUAUAUUCGGAGAUAGCGCUGAAAAGAUUGACUUAGUCCGUCAAUUUGUAAGUGGCACUAACGAGAAUGGAAGAGUUUUAAAAACAGAUGUUUCAUCGCUAAAAUAUGCUAUUCGGGUUGGAACAGAAGACGCUGGUGAUUUUCCGUUCACCUUUGGUUCACUUCAGCAAUUAGCGGAGUUAAAUUUUGGUAUAGAACUACCAAUUUUGCUACCAGAUGACGUCUGUAUAAUUAUGAUGACCUCUGGAACAACCGGUCAAAGCAAACUCAUCCCCAAAACUCAUUUUCAUGUAUCAUCUGUACUACCAAUGACCAACCAAGUGAUGAGGAUGGAAAAAGAAGACGUAAUCUUUAAUUGUCAGUCAUUUAUAUGGAUUGGUGGUUAUGUCUUUCCGUUGUUAAAUUUUGGCAACACAUUGGUUACAGUAACUAGUUAUUUAAACAACAUAAGCACCGCGAGACAAUUUGCAAAACUUACAGCAAAAGUCAUUGAGAAAGAAAACUGCACUUUCGCUGGGAUAUAUGGUCCAUCUUUGCUAGAAUUUUCGGAUGGCGAAUUAAAUUGUUCAAGCUUUCCACUAAAAUGUGUGACUACAGCAGGAUUUCCAUUAUCUACAAAGUAUGCUUCUGUAAUUGGAAAAGUAGCCCGCCGUUUUAUUAACGUUUAUGGAACAACCGAACUUGGGUCUAUCUGUUACAAAGAAAUAGUACGACCUGAAGACUUUGAGGAUUAUUCCGUGGGAUCUCCAGUCAGAGGCAUAGAGAUAACUGUUCUUGAUCAAGCUGGUAAACUUUGUAAAAGAAACGUCACGGGAGAAAUAAAUGUUCGAUCCAGUGUUCGUUUCCUUGGAUAUUUGAACAACCAAGAAAAAACCAUCGAAGUUUUAGACCAGUCUGGUUGGUUUAAAACAAAUGAUAUUGGGUACGUUACUUCUGAUGGCCAGGUUGUCGUCAGUGGUCGUUUAUCGGAUGUUAUCAUAAUAGGAGGUUGGAAAAUGUCUCCUGUACAUUUAGAAAAUGUACUAUCUGCGCAUCCAGACAUAUUAGAUGUCAAAGUUAUAGCUAUUGAAGACAAGGUGAUGUUCCAAGAAGCAUGUGCCUGUUUAAUGAAGAAACCGGAAUCAACAACCACAUGGGACGAUCUUAAAGCCUUAAUUCCUAACAAAAGCAUCACAAACAAAGAAAACAUACAGAACAGACUUGCUGUUCCAAAAUAUCACGUGUUCAUUGACUCGUUCCCUAGAACAAUUAGUGGAAAGAUUGACAAAAAACAACUAAAAGAGGAAGUUCUUAAAGUUUUAAAAUUGAAAUAAUGACCGAGUUCAAGUUCCAAACAAUUUUUUGCUACAAUGAUCUGUGUAUUGUUUUUUUGUUUUUAUUUUCUUCAAAAUGAUCUGUGUAUUGUUAAUGUAUACAAAUAUUGUAAUUUUUAACCAUUGUAAAUAAAUUUCUUCUUUAAAAAAGCAUAUAUAUAACAUU